CCGCGUACACAGAUUGUGGGAGCUGCCCGGAUCCAGUCACAAAUCGCCGAAACAAUAACUACCAAAUCUUCAUCGUUUUCAGGAACCGGACUUUUUUCAUAGUUCCAGCACUAACCUCCGUCAAGCAGCAUUUUAACUCAAACAAAUCAACUUCCCUAAAAUUUCGAAGUUCCACUGAAGAUAAGAGAAGGAAGUCGAAACUGGAGACAACAGACCUCAGGAGAUGACGACUUCCCUCUUUUCAUAUUUUCUAAAGCAAAACAGGAACUCCAGCACGAGCCAGCAGUUCAGACUCUUCUACAAAUGGGAAAAAAAACACCAGCGACGAAAUCGAAAAUAAUAGGCCGCAAGACAGGAAUUGCCGCCGACAACAUGACGAGCACCCGCACUAUCUCGGACACUCCGUAACCAGAAUCUCGGAGAUAAACAGCUUAACUGUAAAAGAGCCGGUUUGGACAGUCGACCUGUGAAGACCACGCCAAAGAAUCUGUAAGGAGAAGAAGUAAAGGUUUCCCGAGGCAAAUGUGGCUCCGUCAGACUGAAGAGACACUGUGUAUGUCCCUGAAGCUUAUUUCAAAGGGGCAAUCCAUCCACCCUCCGUACCUUUCUGCGCAUGUGCGAAAUAGCAGGCAAGAAACCGGCAUGUCGUCAGCCAUAUUAGCAAUCUUUUACCACGUUGUUCGAAGAGGUUCAUUGAAAGUUUUUUUCAGUUCUUUUCUCUGGUUAUUUAAGCUGAUCAUAAGAUGGAUGUUUCGCAAGGACGAUCACCGGAAUUCACCCGAUUCUCUUUCUGUGAGCAAACAACCCAAAUCCUGGUAUUGCUGUUGUGUUUGUGGGACAACAUCUCGAAAAACACCAGACAGGAAAUUCUUCAGAUUUCCUAAGGAUCCUAUUAGAUCAAAACAAUGGGCUGCCCGCAUGCAGUAAUCAAGACUUGUUAAAUAAAUCACCAACUGAAUUUGUA